AUGCAAAGAGUAAAAACAUCUGCCAGAAAUAUCUUAUUUUUGUCUGGUGAUGUAGAGUUAAACCCAGGUCCUGAAAAUAUAUCAAAUAUAUCAGUAUUGACCACAAGACUAGCUCGAAUAGGACGAAAACCAGUGAACAUUGUCGGCGAUGGUAACUGUUUUUUUCGUAGUAUAAGUCAUCAGCUUUAUGGAACAGAGACUCGUCAUGCCCAAAUAAGAGCUAAUGCAAUCCAACAUUUAAUUCUUUGCCCAGAAUAUUUCAUAGAGUCUAAUACUGAACAAUCAUGGUCCCAAUAUUUACAAAACAUGUCAAAGCUAGGGUCAUGGGCCGACCAUAUUAUCAUACAAGCCGUUGCAAAUAUAAAUAAUUUAAGAAUUCACAUCACAGAAAGUUCCCAAAAUUUCAAUGAAACUACAAUUGUGACUUCUAUUUAUGCUCAGUCUGUAGCAAAUGUAAAAGAAAUUUACAUUGGACAUCUUGAGGAACUACAUUAUGUUUCUACCACGCUAAUUAAUCAAUUUCGUGGACAAAUAGAAAAUCAGAUAGGAGCUAGUAAAACAAAAUUACAAAAUUCUGUAUCAGAUAGUAAUAAGAUUAUCUCAGAAAAUCUCGUUUAUGCGAAAACUAUUCAAAAAAGGAGAAAAUACAUGAAAGAAUAUAUGAAAAAUAGAAGGAUGAAUAAUGAAUUCAAAAAGAAAGAAAGUGAGAGAAAAAAAUCGUAUAAUAACAAGUACAAAAAUUCCAAUGAUGAUAAAGUUAGGGACUCCUGGCAAAAAGCCACCGCAACUUAUAGACAAACAAAUCCUGAGAAAGUAAAAGAAAGUUUUAAGAUUGCCACUGCAACAUACAGACAAUCAAAUCCUGAGAAAGUGAAACAGAGUUCUAAGAGAGCCACUGCAGCAUAUAGAGAAACGAAUCCGGAGAAAGUAAAGCAGACUUUUAAAGCAGCCAAAACAGCAUACAGACAAUUAAAUCCCAAAAAAGUCAAAGAAAAAAAUAAAACAGCUACUGGAAAAUACAGAAAAUUAAAUCAUACAAAAUUUGCAGAAUCAUCCAAAUUGUCAAAUGUUUUGUAUAAGCACAACCAUUCUCAAAAAGUAAAGGAUACUCAGAAAAGGCAAUACAUGAAAAGAAAGUUAGACUAUAUUGAAAAUGGCUGUAAGAUGAGAAAAUACAAUAAAAUAAAAGAUUUGAAUGACAAUUUACAUGAAGCUUAUCAGAUAACUGGUAAGACCAAUGACUAUAGACAACAAAUUAACAUAACAAAGGCACUUGAGUUAUUUCAUAAAAAAAUUGGUAAAAUUCCAGGUUGUGCAAAAGCAAAAAAAUGA